CGUAUAUUUUCAUUUUCAUUUGGCCAGAUCGUUUCGGGAUCGUGUCGUUUAGUUGACAAAGUAUUGUUCACCUGCACGGUUCGAAUUAACGGAAACCGAAAGUUCUCAGCUCUCAUCAGUAUAUUUUAUUACAUAAAAGGAAGUGCAAACAACUAAAUAAAGUGAUUUCAACAAUGCAAUCAUUUCUAAUAUUAUGCCUAGUUUUACAACUUUUGGCAAUCGGUCGAACGGAAUCGGGAGAAUUCGAAAAACUAUUGGUUCCUCUGAGCUAUGGAAAUCCGGAUAAAAAUAAUGGAAUACGGAGCAAUGAAACUUCCGGACACUCGGUGGCAGCUCGCUCCUAUUACGAUAUUGGCCACUCCGCCGGACAAACUGGCUGCUCCGUGGGCACGGAGUGUACUCCCCUUCACGAUUGCACCGCCCUGAUUUACGAGGUGGCCCGGAGUUGCUACUACGGCGACAAGUCGCUCUACUGCGGCGGAACCAGCGAGGAGCUCCCCUACGUCUGCUGUCCGAGCAGUCCGCUGGAGAAGAACCAGGUCUGCGGAAAGUCCCUGGUCCAGGGACACUUUUACAAGGGCCUGGGAUCCUAUCCAUUCGUCGCACGCAUCGGUUUCAAACAUGUAAAUACUGGAGCUUUUGCAUACCCCUGUGCCGGGGCUGUCAUUGCCCGGCGGGUCAUCCUAACGGCGGCCCACUGUGCGCUGGCCAAGGCCGAUGGCCACCGACUGUCAUCGGUGCGAGUGGGCGAAUACGACACGUCGAGUGAUCCGGACUGCGCCAACACCGGCUUCUGUGCCCCGCGAUCCGUCAAUCACGCCAUCAGCCAUGUGAUCGUGCAUCCCGACUACAAACAGGGCCAGUACCACCACGAUAUUGCCCUGCUGGUGCUCAAAACGCCGCUAAACUAUUCGGUGGCCACACAACCCAUCUGCCUGCAGAAGACACGCGCCAACUUGGUGGUGGGGAAACGGGCGACGAUCGCCGGUUGGGGCAAGAUGUCCACGUCGAGUGUCCGGCAGCCGGAGAUGUCGCACCUGGACGUCCCGCUGACCAGUUGGGAUCUAUGUUUACGGAACUACGGAUCCACCGGCGCCCUGGAGUCCCCGAAUUCCAUCGAGGGACAGUGGAUGUGCGCAGGUGGCGAGGGCAAGGACGUCUGUCAAGGAUUCGGAGGAGCGCCGCUUUUCAUACAGGAGAACGGCAUCUUUUCACAGAUUGGCAUUAUGUCCUUCGGAUCUGAUAACUGCGGCGGCCUUCGCAUUCCGAGUGUCUACACAUCAGUGGCCCACUUUUCCGAGUGGAUACACGACAAUACGCCUCCCGAAUAGGCUAAAUGUCCUAAGAUAAGCAACUAACCUUAACGUGAACUAAAAAUGCACUACAUAAAUAAAUCUAUAAUUUAAUGAAUAUAAAGAAAAGACGAAAGUCGAUUUGGAAAACAUUUUCCGUCUGUUACGCUUUCCAUUGAUCUGUUAUCUUGAUCUGAGCAUACACGCACCCAAUAACUUAAUUGAAUUAAUUGAACUUUGACACGAACCACUCGCCGGGGCAUGAAAAAUAUGAAAUGAUCUUUUAUACAAAUAAGAUGACGCUGAGAAAAACCAAAAAACAAGUCGACUCUCAGAAACUUACCCUUUCUAUCAUGAUUUAUUAUG